UCAGGAUUUAAGACUGAGACGUUUAGACAAGUUCGGGCAUGGCGCGUCGUACAUGGCAUAAGUAUUUCGCGCGGGAUCUGUUUGAACUUUGAAGUUAAAAUUUCGGCAAGCACAUCAACACAAAUUAUAUUCGUCGAUAAUUAGAGGUUGACAGGGCAACAAACCUAAUGUACUGUAACUAAUGUGUGACAGAGUUUUGUUCUAAUCCACAAGCACCAUCUGUGGGCAUAAACUCCGCUGUAGGAGCUCACGUAGAGAUGCAAAUUGAUGGACUUGGAGAAAGAGCUGUGAGAAGCAAAACGAGAGAGGGUAGUGGUGGGAUGAUGAAUGGAAUCCAUGACAUUACUCCUGGAUUACUGGGGAACGUCUCAGGAAAUGAAAUGUUGAUGACAGAAGGCCACAGGGUGCCCGGAGGAAAGAUUGGAGGGAGAGUGACAGGAAACAGAAGCAGGGCAGGGAAGGGAGAAAGCAACGAGAUGGUACAAGAUGUCUCAGACGAAGGAGUACAAGAGACAUUGAGCAAGGAAGUGUUUACCAAAUACCAGAGCAGUGAUCUCAUCCCGGGAGCCAAGGAGCAUCCUGGAGACAUUGUAGAAGCUGCCUCCCUCGCUGCUGUUCCAUUACCUAAGGCAAUCUAUGACUUGGCUGCCUCUAUUCCACCUGAACUCAUCACAGAAGGCAAGCUAAGUCGACUCCAACUGGAAGGGAUAUUAUACACAUGCCAGCGCCACCAGACAGUCCUACCCAAUGGGAACCGGGCGGGCUGCUUCAUUGGUGAUGCAGCAGGAGUUGGCAAGGGAAGACAGAUUGCUGGUAUAAUCUUGGAUAACUAUUGCCGAGGUCGCACAAAGCACAUCUGGUUCAGCAUAUCAGCAGAUCUAAAAGUUGAUGCACAAAGGGACUUUCAUGAUCUUGGAUGCCACAUCAAAGUUAUUGAGGGCUGCCAACAACUUGAUAAGGAAACAAGAGUUCUUGGUUUGCCUAAAGAUUUCCAAGAUGGCGUUAUCUUCAGUACCUAUGCAACGUUGGUUUCAUCAACCCAGAGAGGAGGAGCUUGGGGCUCUGCUCGUCAGAGUCGAUUGGAGCAGCUGAUCCAGUGGUGUGGUGGGACAGAGUUCAAUGGCUGUCUUGUCUUUGAUGAAUGUCAUAAAGCCAAGCAUUUUAUUCCAGGCAAGGAAGAUACAAGUACCAAAGUAGCAGUUGCUGUGACAGCAAUCCAGAGAAAGCUACCAAAAGCAAGAGUGUUAUACUGCAGUGCCACAGGGGUAUCAGAUGUCAAAAACAUGGCCUUCAUGGAACGACUAGGGAUGUGGGGUGAAGGGGCAUCCUUUGAAUCAUUUGAGAAAUUUCUUAAUGCUAUCAAUAAACGGGGACUAGGCGUUGCUGAGAUGAUGGCUAUGGAAAUGAAAGCAUCAGGAAUGUAUGUCUCUAGAGGUCUGAGCUUCAAGCAGGCAGAGUUUGUUACAGUUGAGAUGGACCUGACCGAUGAGCAAAUCAAGAUGUAUGACACUGCAGCUCAUGUAUGGAAUGAAUUGAAGAAAGCCCUUGAAGCAGCACUGGGUCGCACCAACACAGGGCCUACUCGGAUCUGGCCCUUCUUCUGGUCUUGCCAUCAAAGAUUUUUCAAACAGUUGUGUCUGGGAGUGAAGGUACCACGGAUUGUUGAAGAAGCCAAGAAGGCCUUAGAUGAAGGAUACUGCGUUGUGAUUGGUCUGCAGAGUACCGGCGAGGCCAGCAUGGACAGUGAGAUUACCAAAGCUGGUAGCAGCCAGUCUGGCUUUGUCUCAGUGGCUCGAGAGACCCUCAUCCGCUUCAUCAGUCAACACUUCCCAACACUCAUCAUCUCAGAUACAGGGGUUGCGAGAGAUGAUGAAUGGAGUGUGACCGCUAAGACAAUGCUGCUUGGUUUUGCUAAGGAAAUACAACUUCCUAAUAGUCCCCUUGAUGACAUCAUAGAUCAGCUGGGUGGGGCGUCGGCUGUUGCUGAGAUGACGGGACGUAGAGGGCGCAUGGUCCGGGAUGGUCCCAACACUCAGGCACGCUACCAGCUGCGAACUCCUGCUGACUCCUUUGACUUGAACAGUCUAAAUGUGCAGGAGAGAAAUAGCUUCAUGUCAGGAAAGAAGUUGGUUGCCAUAAUUUCAGAUGCAGCCAGCACAGGUAUUUCACUGCAUGCAGACACCAGAGUUAAGAAUCAACGCAGGAGGUUACACCUGACCAUUGAAUUGCCGUGGUCAGCUGACAAAGCCGUCCAACAGAUGGGACGAUCACACAGAUCCAACCAGACCAGUGGUCCGCUCUACAAACUCCUGACAACAAAUCUUGGUGGAGAGAGAAGGUUUGCUGCCUCCGUUGCACGUAGACUUCAGACAUUGGGUGCAUUAACUCAGGGUGAUCGAAGGGCAGCUACAGGAGCUGACCUAACACAGUUCAACUUUGACACACCCUAUGGACGCUCAGCACUAAAGACCAUGUAUAUGUCCAUAUGCAAUAAUGAGUUGGCUACAGGUGUGACAUUGUCUGCCAUCCGUCCUGGCAAUAUCGAUGCUGAUUUUUGUGAGCUGAAUGCAGAGCUAGAGGAAUGUCUCUCUUUGAUGGCUGUCAUGGAGACUUAUGCCUCAAUCGGCCGUAAAGUUAAUGAAAAUGACAGGAAAGAUGUUGGCAGGUUCCUGAACCGCAUCUUAGGGCUCCGUGUGGACAGGCAGAACUUAAUUUUCAACUAUUUCUAUGAGUGCCUGCAAUCAGCUAUUGCCAUGGCAAAAAAGGAGGGAAAGUACAGUGAAGGUCUUGUAGAUGUGAAUGCAGCAUCUGUGGAGAUGAUAUGUCCACCUAAGACAGUUUUCAAGGAGGCAAACACCAGUACGCCGACACAGCUCCUGUCACUGUCCGUUGAUCGGGGUCUGAGCUGGGAGGAAGCUGUGGAGAGAUCAAAGCGAUUCAGCAGUAAAAAUGAUGGCUUCUACUGCUCCAAGCGAGAACAGUUUGGGAAGAAGCUGUACAUCUUGGCAACAAAGAAGGAGGACUCCACACAUCUCUUCAAGAUAGCAAGACCCAAUACUGGCGUGUCUCAUUCUGACGAGGACUAUAGUGAUCUGAUAUUGAGAUACCGGCCAAUCAGCAUGGAGGAUGCAGAAGAGGGAUGGAAGGAACAGUAUGAAGCAACCAAAGAUAAGUGCAUCCAUGGCUCUCACUGCAAACAUCCUGCUACCUGCACCAUUGGUUCCCGGUUGCACCGAAUGGAUCUGUUGUGUGGAGGCAUAGUGACAUUACUAUCAACCCUUGAAGCAACAGUCAUAAAACAUGCACAGAAACUAGACCUGAGUAAGGCCAGCUACAGCAUGCGAGUUGUACGAGUGGCUCUGAGCGAUGAGAAGCGAGUCAUCGGGAUUCGUUACCCGGAAUGCUUAGUGGAGAUUGCAGAGGAGGCAGUGCGAGAGCAAAAAAUGAUAGAAGCAUUGCAGGCGAGACUGCGACAGAAUGCAGCAGAUGACACAGAUGCGACCUCAGCUGACCUUUCCCAAACACCAAAGCUUGCCACAGUUGAACCUGAAUCGCCUGUAAAUCCAAAGCUUGUCAAAAAGGCCAUGACUGCUCCAGUCACUCUGAACACGUUCUUCAAACCAACCUCUCGAUUUGAAAGUGGAAAGUCAAGAAGUUCCUCCCCUUCCGAAAGUCCCUCCCCUUCUAAUGACAAGGAGGAUACCAUUUGUUCUUCAGCUAAGGUGAAGCAAAGGGGAUCAAAACGAGGUGGACGAAAGACUUCCAGGUAUUCCCCAAUAGGUCAAGAAAAGAAAGCUUUGGAAUGUUCCAAAACUGAAGCAGCCGGAACAGACAGUGAUGUUGACUGCUGUAUUAUGAUUGAGGAUCAAUCGAGUACCACCCCCCAGAUGCAGAAUGGUAUGGACCAAUUGAAGGAUUGUGCACCAAAGCAGGGUUGUAUGGAAGAGGUCACGGAUCCUUCCUUUGGAAAAGAGGUCAUGCCGGCUGAAGAUGCCCAAACUGAACGUAUCUAUGAUGUCCCAGAUCUGGCUAUUCCUUCUCCACACAACAUUAUGGGUAAAUUGCCCCCUGUCCAUAGCAGUGCAUCAUUCACAGCUGCCGACCAACUUGGCAGCUCACUCACUGUCCGGUCAAACUCAGCGAAUUCCUUCAGCAGUAAACGUCCCCUGCAGGAUGCCAAUGGUCUUACUACUGACGGAGCUAGCCAGCAACCUGUUGCCAAAAAACAGAAGCCGGGUACCAGCCUGAUGGAGAGUGCAACCAAACAGGGUUUACAAGGCAAACUGACCUGCCCAGUUUGCAACCAAGAAUUCCCAACUGGGACAUGGUUAGCACAGCUCAACAAGCACGUUGAUGCAUGCCUACUCAAAGCCUAAAAGAGCUCCAUAUUAAAGACUUUGAAGCAUUUUAUAUGUUUCCAAAACUCAGUCCAGUCAAAUAAUUUUGUGUUCACCCAGCAUUUUGCUGUAUCCUGUACCACAGAUUUUGUGAUACUGAUACGCACGUAGUGAAAAAUGGCAUUUACCAUAACCUUCCCAGAUCCUCCAAAAUCCAAGAAGUUCCAGGGAAUUUUGUGGGAAUAAUUAGGAACCACUAAAAAAUACAAAUAGUAUGCCAUUGAUUUCCUUCAGAGGAUUUUGGAGGAUCAAGAAUUCUAGCAAAUAUUCAGAACAUUCUCAGAAAAGGGCAGUGCAGUAGUCAAGUACAUGUACUUUUCAAUUUAAUACCAAAUUCUCUGUCACAUAUUGAAAUGGCUAGGAGGGAACAAAGCUCAAGAACAUGGGCAUUGGACGGUAAAUGCACAGAGGUAAGAUAACAAAAACUAUGACUUUAGAACAUCACUUUUUCAUAACAAAUUAAGCGGUUACAACAAAAGUAUUUGGCGAAGUAUUUUUCAAGUUCUUUUCUCCUUAAUACUUAAUCUUUACAAACUGGGAGUCAGAAGUCUUAAAAAUCGGUGUUUAUGGAGCGGGGUAUGGUAACAAUACUGGUGCAAGUCCAAUCAGGUUUUCGCAUGCAUAGACCGGUUCCUAUCUGUUUUGGGGUUUUCCCCCAAGUUUUCAUUUAAUGGGCUAAUUUGGCAUAUCAAUUGGGUAGAGUCAUUUUAAGAAGAAAGCCCUUGAUGUCCAAUGACCUACAGUGUGUUUCAUGUCGUGCAUGUACUGUUUGAAUAUUCAACUGGCUCAAAGGGAGCCAGGAAUCAAGUUACCAUUGUGUUAGUGUUGGUUGUAGUCAUGGUAGUCAUUCUGUUCAAUUCACCUAGUACAUGGAACAUCCAAUGAUAACGUACUGUACAUGGACCUCACCAUUUCUCAAACCUUAUGGUUAGCAAUUUGAAAAAUGACAAAUGCCUAUAAAGGCUUGUCUUUUACACAAAUUUGAAGGUGAAUACGCUUGACAAUAUUAAUAGCGUGUGUUGUUACAAAGGCCAAUUGUCCUGUAUUGAAGGAGAGUUUGGGUUCUACUUUGUGGAAAGGAACUUAUUUAAGCAAUGGACCAAGAAACACUUCUAAUAUUUUGCCAAGUAUUUAAUGAUAACUCGACAUAUAGUUCUUUAGAACUUUAGCAGUAAAAAGAAGUAUAAAAUAAAGAUUAUUUCCAUUAUGAUGAUUUAUAUUACCUGUAAAAUAAUAAGUGUUGUAAGCAUUUCUAGCUUUUUCCAGCAACUGAACAAAUUCAAAAUAUUGCUGAGACAUAUAACUUUGCCUCCGGGGUUCCCGGUACCAGGUACCAGGGGUACAAAUGUUACAAAUUUGGAAACAUCAGAUCAGAUACUUACACAGGUUUUGGUAAAAACAUCCAUUUUUUUUACCUGAAACUCCCAAUUUAAUUUUUGUUUUUUUUACCUUCUUACAUAUUUAAAUACAUGUAGGACUGAGAUACCACUAAAACCUUUAACAGAAUAACAUAUACACCUGUACAUCCAUACAAUUAUUAAUAAGCCAACCACCCAUAAAACUUUGUAUUUUGAUCUUGAUAAAAUUAUUUGCAUAACUUUUUAAUAUGAGCUUAUCUCUUUGAAUAUCAAAUAAAGAAUGAAAUCUAAAUUUCACAAUAGAAUGGCUUUGCUUUAUUCUCAUGAGUAAACCUUUGGAAUGUUUGUGGUUUGUCAAAUUUGUCCAACUAUCAAUCUUAACAGUGACGGUUUUAUUAAACGUGUGAGAAUGCGGUAUUUCAGUUCAGAUUUUUACUCUGAAUUUCAGCUUUUUUGUACACUUACUCUCUACAAAAUUGUGGGAACGUUUUACAUUUCAGCUUUUUGCCGUUUUGAACUUUUUGUAUUAGUGGCCACUCGCGCUGCUGAUUAAAUAGGCCAGUGCAUUUUUCUGGCUAGAAGAAAUACAUUUAGUUUUGAGCAGUGACAUAACGAGGGUACAAGUCACUCUGUGGGGUACCAGUACCCAGAAGUGUACAGAUUUUCCCGGGGGGGGGGAGUACUGAAGAAUCUUGCAAUGUUUCACUGGACAUUCCCUCAGUACGGUCCCCUUUGAUGGCAGAAAGCACUGCAUUGGGAUGGGUGCAGAGUGACUGCCAUGAAGCAGUGGCUCCAUACCACAGUAACUGCAAGGUACCCUUGCCAUUUGCAUGGGCCACUAUAAAUGAACAGUUAUGGCUUUAUCAUGGCCACCACAUUCACCCAGAUACAUGUACUUUCAAGCCAUUGCAUGGAGCUCCGCAUCCAGCACAUCUCAGAUACAACUCGCAUUUCCACUGGGUCCUGUGGAUUUCAUAAUGAGAGUCAACUGUACACAGAAUUGGUCCAUGCGAUGUACGAUAGGAAUGGACAGUCACUCGGGUACCUAUUUUUGUAUUUCAGAUCAGGUCAGACAUUUACAGCAUUGAAUACAACCCAUAUACAAAUUAACAAAGUACAUAUUAUUCAAAAUGUCUUUGGUGUUUGCAAAACACAAUCUGCAUUCCACUUGAAUAUGCAUACACUUUUAAAAAAUUCUGUUGACUUUUACAUGUCUAAAUGUGUCUGACACCAUUCGGAAUACAAAAUAUUGCAAACAUUCACAUCUGGUUAAAAAUGAAAAAGUACAAAUAAUCCAGGAACACUACUUACAUGUACAUUGCUUCAAUUCAUUUACAACAGCAACCAUUCAGCAUGCAGUGUGUGUGCAACAGAAAGCUACAGAAAGAUAUAACUUGAUAAACCCAAGGCAGCUGAUGAAUGCAAAUAUUCAACAGUGAUACCAAAAAAUGCGAUUUGUUCAAGUUUUUCUCCUUUUUUAAAGUUUCUGUAAAAACGGUUUUGGUGCUUUUGUGGGAAUUUUGUACAGCCAAAUAUCUGAAUAAUUAAUUGAACUGAUUGAAGUUGAUUAUUUGACUAUUCCAUUAUUCAAUACGGGUGAUCCACAAAAGUGCGUCUCCAAGAGUUUGCAAUGCGUUGGCCAAUCACGAUGUGCAAAAUCUGUCAACCCAAUGUGUGACAACAGAGCAACUUUUCCUUCCCGCCCAAAGUUUCAACCUCAAAAAGAAAAGAACCAACCCAACUUCUCAUUGGCUUCUGGCCAGGCCUUGCCUAGUAUCCAAGAACAAAAUCUGAUUGGAUGGUUGGCCCUCCAAGCCGACUUUGCCAUUGGUCAAGAUUUGCAGCUCCUGACUGUUUUCUGGAUGAGAGGAUCCCAAUUUUGUCAGAAAAUUU